AUGCCGUCGACAACGAGUACAGAUCCCAGCAACUCUCGGGACCCAUUCGAGCUCGAGAGACUCGCCCAGGAGCUCGAGGCGCGCGAGGCACGCAAAGACCGCUCGCGCAACCCGGGCAGCAGCGUCGAAGAGCUCUCCGCCGCCGAGCGUGACUUGCCCAUCUACAUCCCCCUCUCGCACGACAACCCGUACCUCACCGCCGGGACGUUCAACGUUGAGGACUUUCUGCUCUCGCGCGCAUAUACCUCGCUCCCCGACCUCCGCGCGGAGCUGCGCGACUACCUUGCCACGCUCAAGGAAGAGCUCGUCCGGCUCAUCAAUGAUGAUUACGAGGCAUUCAUCAGUCUGAGCACCGAUUUGCGAGGAGAGGGCGCGCGUUUGGAAAGACUGAAGUCCCCGUUGGGUGAUAUCAAGGCCCAAGUACUUGAAGCACGACAAAUAUUGCAAGUGAUACAGGAUGCAAUUCUGCUCAGACUGAACCAGCGUGCUACUCUCCGAGAAGAAAAGGCCUUCCUCCAUUUGCUACUCAAGAUAUCCGAAUCUAUCACGCGUCUCGAGUCCCUCCUGCUUAUCACCUCACCCGCUGACGAGAAGCAGAAUCCGGAGCUCAAUGGCAUGGGCCUCUCCCACGCCGAAGAUGAUAGCAUCGAGGAGAGAACACGAGGAAACCGCGCCAAGCAUCUAGCCCGCGUUGCGGCCGAAUACACCCAGCUGCUCUACCACGUCUCGCGCGCGAGCGCGGAGCGCUGCGCGUUCGUUGACGAGUCUCAAUGGCGUGUCGACCGUAUUCGGUCCACGCUAUCGUCUGACCUCGACCACUUAUUCGCGUCCACGGUCAUAGCGCUGACGUCGGGGAAGGAGAGCAGGAAGGAGAUCAAGGCGACCGAGCUGGAGAAGUCUAAGUGGAUUUCGGACGUGACGGAGUGUCUGCGGACAUACGACGUCCUCGGCCUCUGGCGCGACGCCGAGGAUGUCCUCCGGAAAGAGGUCGUCCGCGAGUUUGUCAAAAAGACCGUCCACCCGGGUGCUCUUGCCUCACCCCAUUCGCCUUUGCUACCCCAUACGCCAUCCGCCGCUGGAAUGCGCUCCGCCGCACCACCACACUACUCCCAACCCGCCCGUACUCCCUACACCCCCUUCUCCGCCUUCGCAUCAAAACAAAACCCGUUCUCUUUCAACCUACCCCAAGGCACCGUCGCACCGCACGCGCUCGACGAGCACGAUGACCCACUCGCGGUGCUGUACAACGCUGUGCUGCGCUUCGUCGACCGUGAUCUGAAGCGCAUCAUGGAGAUCGCGGAGAGUGUAUGCGUGCGCUCCGGCGCGCGGACUUCCCCUCUGCUUGGUGCCGCUCCCGUACGGGCGCAGGAGAGCCGCGGGUUCGAGAUCAUGGCAAACGUCGUGUGGGCGGAGGUCGGUCGUGCGGUCGUGGACGAGCUUGGGAGCGUUGUAUUCGCUGCGGGAAAGCCGGAUGAGUUCCGCAAGCACCACGAGACGACCCAAGCGUUCAUCCGUGCACUGGAGUACCUGGCGCCCUCGGUCCACGCCAUCGAGGCGAUGCGUGGGCACCCCGUGUAUGCUACGUUCGAGCGCCGGUGGCAGCUCCCGGUGUACUUCCAGCUGCGGUGGAAGGAGAUCGUCACCAAGCUCGAAGAGAGCCUUGCCACGACGCGUCUCGAGCGGGUAAAUAACAAGGAGCCAUUUAUGACGCUCCAGGCAACGGCGAUCUGGGACGCCAUCAGCACCUGCUGGAGCGCGGAGGUGUACAUCCCAGAGCUCAGCUAUCGCUUCUGGAAAUUCACACUACAGCUUUUGAGCAGAUAUAAGACGUGGCUGGAUGCGAGCCUACCGGCCUUUGAGCCCCCACCAAAGAUAGCUGCAGCUGUUGCUGCUGAGAAGCUGGGAAACAUUCCUGGUUCUCCCUCGUCGCAGCUUUCGCGUGCCACGACGCCAAUCCCGCCUACAGAGGCGGCGUCUGCGGAAGCCACUGCAGCGGAAGACGUCCAGCUGCAGCAAUUCGCCACGGCGAUUACAGACAUUCACGCGAUGCAGACACAGGUGAUGAAGCUCUGGCGUGAAGAGCUGACCGUGAUGUUGCCGGAAAGUCUCGGUGAGGGCGAAGACGACGUGAGCCCCGAAGACAUGCUCAAGCGGGCACUGGCGAAGCACCUUGCGCUCGUCCCCCCGCUCUGCAGCCAGAUCAUCUUCAUCCUCGGGCGGCGCGGAUGCGACGCGCUCCUCUCGAUGCGCUCUAUCCCGUCCCAGUUCCGUGCGAUGUCCGCGAGCAAGCGCGCACCGACGGAGCCGAGUUACUUCGUUGUGUCCAUCUUCCGUGCCCUCCGCGCGUUCUUUGGCGUCGGCACAGCGGACGGCCCUGGCGCAGCGCUUAAGGGGGAAUAUCUGCAGUCGUUCGCGGAAGAGGUGUUCGAGGUUGUCGCGCAAAGAUAUGUGUACUUCUUGUCGGCCAUGAAGAAGACGGAGGAGUCUCUCCGCCGGCUGAAGAAGGGUAAAAAAUCAACGUUCUCAUUCCUGGGUGGCUCUGGUGCGACAAAGGACGACGACGGGCGGGCAGAUGAGGAAAAGAUUCGUGCACAGAUGAUCCUGGACGUAGAAGCUUUCGGCAAAGAUGCAGAGUGGCUGGGCGUCGCGGUGCACGAGAACCAGACAUUCAAGACGUUGGAGACAAUGGCCCACACAAGCCUGGCAGACGACCCUUGA